UCUGUGUUUGUGUCAAGGGAUCAGAGUGCGUAGAACACGUAGAAUACUCUGGAAGGAUCUGGUCGGCAGGGCGGACACCCGCAACCAAAGCAGAAUGGAUCCCCACACCGGUGAUGUGACUCGAUGUGAUCUGUGUAAAACUGCUGAGGUACACGUUCAUUGCGAUACCUGUAUCGUCAACUUAUGCAAAGUCUGUGUGGGAGAACAUGUUUCAACUGAUGAAUCCAUUGAUCACAAAAUUGUCAAAUUCCAGGCGAGAAAAUCCCUCUCCCUCUCUCCUGUGUGUACAGCUCACAAGAAAAAACGAUGUGAAAUGUACUGUACAAAAUGUGACAUUCCUGUCUGCAUCACUUGCAUUGCAUCUGAUCAACAUCUAGGUCAUAAAUUACUACAAACUGCACAGUUUCUAAAGGAAAAGAAAGAAAAGAUGAUUGAAGAAAAAAGGGAAUUGAAUGAAUCCAUUUUCCCAACCUACCAGCACAUUGCCUCUGAUGUACAAAACAGAAUGAGUCAGUUAGAAAAGGAAUAUGGAGAUCUCUCAACAGCCAUAAAAAAACAUGGAGAAGAGUGGCACAGAGAAAUUGAUAAACUCAUGAAUAAACUGCAGACUGAAGCUGAUGAAUUGAAAAAUAUGCAAUUACAAAUCCUGCAGAAACAUUUGGAUGACGUUAACAAGAAGAUUUCUGACAUCAAGGAUGAAAUAAACUCAAUCCAAGCCACCUUGGACUCUGAUGAUUCAUCUGUGGUUCUCGACGCUGUCUUUAGAAUUGAAGACUACAGGACAGUCCCACACAAAAUCAUUGUUUCUUUGCCAAAAUUCAAUAUGAAGAAGUUCCACGAGGAAUUAUUCGGUACAUUGUCGUCUAUUCCAUCAACAUCAGAGGAACACGGCUACAGCUUGAAGAAGAUGCAGAAGCCCAUAAAAGUCAGAAAGCUGCUUGAUGAACCAGAGAUCGUCACCACCAUUGACUCGGGAUAUGUGGACCUCUGCAACGUAGCCUGUCAGAAUGACGAAGAAAUCUGGACAAGUGGAUACGGCAAAACAAUGAAACUCUUCAGCAUCAAUCGGGGAUCACUACUUACUAAAAUAACAACCAAGUCAGGCAACACACCGACAGAUAUAGCAGUGACAGACAGUGAAGAGCUCGUUUAUGCCGACUGCAGUGAUAAUUCGGUGAAUGUUUUGAAGAAUGGAGAGAUAGAAGAGGUGAUCAGACUUCAGAAGUGGAGUCCUCGUGGUAUUUGUGGUACCUCCUCUGGUGAUCUCCUCGUCUCAAUGGAAAACGAUGACUUCACUCAGUCCAAAGUUGUCCGUUACUCUGACUCCACAGAGAAACAAACCAUUCAGUUUGAUUUUAAGGGCUUACCAUUUUAUUCAUUCACCAAUAACACUAAAUACAUUUCUGAGAACAGGAACCUGGAUAUCUGUGUGGCUGACUACAUAGCUGGAGCAAUAGUUGUGGUCAGUCAGGCCGGGAAGCUGAGAUUCAGGUACACUGGACAUACUCCUGCUCCAAAGAACAAACCUUUCCAUCCGGUAGGAAUCACCACAGACAGUCAGAGUCACAUCCUUACAGCUGAUUAUAACAAUGACUGUGUCCACAUCAUAGACCAGGAUGGACAGUUCAUCCGUUAUAUAAACUGUGGACUGAAAUAUCCCUAUGGAUUGUGUAUAGAUAGCAAUGACAAUCUGUUUGUUGCUCAGUACAAAAAAAGCCAAGUGAAGAAAAUCAAAUACCUGCAAUGAAAUCCUGAUGCCAAAUUAGAGUCACAUAAUUGAUGAUUACAGUAAAUAACAUAACUGAAUUAUAUAUUUCUGCUUUCUCAGAACUUUCUUUACAGAUUAAAUCUUGGGAACUUUGUAGAGUUGCAAACAACCUCAAACUGAAGCUCACGUCAAAUGAAGUAGUGAUAGGAAUAUUUAAAUCUCAAAGUGAAUUGUUGUAAAAAUAUAAAUGUAACUUUAACUCUUAUAAAGCAAAUGUAUUGUCAGCAGUUAUAAUAACCAGAAAUUGUUAUUAUUGUUUUCAAAAACAAUAAAAUAACAGUCGAAAAUCUUUAUUCAGUGAAUACCUCCAAUAUUUAUUAAAAUAUACCACAUUAUAAACUCUUUGAAUGUGAAAAAUGUCUGAUAUAUACUGU